AUGGAGUUAGAUAAUCUGAAGCCUAAAACCGUUAAAGUAUUGAAUUUAAUACUUAAAUCAGCAACAGCUAAUCCAGAAAUCAGAGAUAUACUACCCAUUGAACACAUAUUCGCUAGGGAAGUAUACUUUUACGAAACAGUACUACCAACAUACAAUCAACUACUAGAAGAGCAUAACCAACAAAAACUAACUUCAUUCCCAGAUAUGUUAGGUUAUGAUCUGUCAAUACCAGAGUUUUUAAUUAUGACAGACAUGAAAUCGCAAGGUUAUGUAAUGAGACCUGAUCGUGCUGAACCACUGGAUUUCAAUCAUGUAAAAAUGGUUUUAAAAGAAUACGGAAGAUUCCACGGUUUAUAUUAUGCUUUGAAAGCGUUAAAACCUAAAUUGUGUAAGGAGAUAUCCGCGAAUAUGUCUGAAGCAUUCUAUAACAAGAUGGCGGAUGAUAAUCCACUCUUGAAUAGUUGUAUGGAUGUAGCUAAUGAUAGAGUUAUGAAAUCUUUUCAUAACGAUGAACGAGAUGCUGAAGCUAUGGAUAAAUUUGAAAAAUAUGCAAAAUGUGCAAAAUUGAGGUUGAGGGAUGAUUUGAAAGAUGGCGCUGCUGGUAGAUUCGAGGUUAUUAACCACGGGGAUGGAUGGGUUAAUAAUAUGCUGUUUAAAUAUGAUAAUGAGGAAUUGAUUAAUUUAUGUUUAUUGGACUUUCAACUGUCGAGAUUAUCAUCCCCGGCACUGGAACUAUCAUAUUUUAUCUAUACUUGUACGGAUCAAGUAUUUAGAGAUGAAUAUUUCGAGUUAUCACUGAAAUAUUAUCACGAAUCAAUGAAAAACACUUUAGAAGUGUUUUCUCUUGAUUUGAGUGAUUUUUUAACCUCUGAGGAGUUAAAUAAUCAAAUGCAGAAAUUUUCCACGUUUGGUUUGUUUAUGACCAUAGAAGUAUUGCAUUUAAUGCUUAGUGAUACUGCAGAGAUUCCGGAUUAUGAGGUUAUGAUGGAGAAAGAUGGCUUGGAAGAUACUCUCGCUGCGUUUUCAUAUGAAAGCAAGAAUGAGGAUUUGUAUCGGAAGCGAAUACGAAGUGUUGUUUUGGAUUUUGUUCAAAGAGGUUAUCUUUAAGUGAAAAGUAAAUAUAUUCAAAUGUAGCUGCUAUGAGAAGAGAGGAAAGAA